CACAAGCAUCAGGUGAGAUCACAUUUUAACCUUGAUGUGGCUGUUAUAGUUUCCAUGUCAAUCACUCAUUGCUGGAGAAGGUAGAGUGAUUUCCUUGGGGUAAAAGGUGAGAAGAACGAAUCUCAUUUCAAGAUGGGUCUCGUGAUAUUCAGCGCUGUUUUGUUCUUCCAGUUCGUUGGUUCAUAUCUUCUGACCAAUGUGACAACACUAUUGGUAGGUGGAGGCAACUAGUUCUUCACAAUUGGAAAUACGAAGUGCUAGGCUACUGCUCCAUCCAUCACCCUCCCCUGUAAUGCAGAGGUUUUACAUUUUUUUCUCUGUAACUUUUUAGGUUCCUUUUGCAUAGACCGAAACCUCUGUUUACUCCACGUCUUCAAUGAGCUCAUUGCUGUCUUCAGUAAUUCAUACUUGUAUGAUGUACAUACUUGGCUUUGUCAGUCGAAAAUCCAGGCAGCACCACCUCGUAGUCGUACCAUGGAUUUUGUCCUUGUGUCUGACUUCUAGGAUUAAGCUUUGCAAGCUGCGCUAAGAUGGGUAAGUGGUCUGACAUGAAGGAGAUCAAAUGUUGAACGCUCACCCCGGAGAAAUUUGUUCAGGCAUCUAAGGACAGGCCACGGCUCUGCCCAAACGGACUCUGGAAUUUCUUCUACCACUACUCCCUCGUCUCACAUCACCUCACUAAACAGUUCAUCCACGGUUCAGAUCGAUUUUAGCUGAUUGAUAUCGAGAAUAUAUUCAUAUUCUCCCACCUGCGGAUCCUCGCUGUCCAAUGUCCAUCAUUCCUUGCAACCUGCAUGCCGAGAUUGUCAGCAGAGUCAAAGGCUCCACGAGUUCGCGCCAUGUUCGAUCGAGCUCGCUGGAUGCGAGACAAGUCCAGAUCGAUAUAAAUCAGUAGCACCUCUUCAUCACCAGAUAGAUCUUGCAGUUGCAGCUUCUCGUUUUGGAGUUGACAUUCUUGGUUAAGAAGCGUGAGUGUGCAAGAUGACGGGAGGACGCAUCAACUCGGUAAUGCUGCUCUUGUUGGCGCUGCAUGGGCUGCUGCCACCGUCCGCCGACGCCGCCCUGCAGGACGGGUUCUACGGCGCCAGCACCAACUGCACCGUCGACGUCGAGGCCGUCGUGCGGGCUGUCGUCGAGCAACACGUCUCCCGGUCCGGCGACGGUGGCUCCGGCGCGGGGCUCAUUCGCCUCCACUUCCAUGAUUGCUUUGUCAAGGGCUGUGAUGGCUCCGUCCUCAUUGAUCCGAGCCCCGUCAACCCGAACCCCGAGAAGGCCUCGCCGGCGAACGGCGGCCUCCGCGGGAUCGACGUGGUGGAGGAGGCCAAGAGGCAGCUGGAGGACGCGUGCCCCGGCACCGUGUCGUGCGCCGACAUCCUCGCCUUCGCCGCCCGCGACGCCGCCUUCGUCCUCAGCUCCGGGGCGGUCAGCUACGACGUCCCCUCGGGCCGCCGCGACGGGCUCACCUCUGACGCGUCCGACGCCAUCCAGAGCCUGCCGCCGCCGUUCGCGCAGCUCGACGACCUCGUCCGCGCCUUCGCCUCCAAAGGCUUCGGCAGGGACGAGCUCGUCGCGCUCUCCGGCGCGCACUCCAUCGGGCGCGCGCACUGCUCGUCGUUCAGGGACCGGAUCCACCCCGCGGUGCACGAGACCAUGGACUCGAGCUACGGCGCCGACAUGCAGUCGCAGUGCCCCGAGGACGCCGGGGCGGAGGAAUGGGUCGCGCAGGACCAGGAGACGCCGGGAGACCUCGACGGCCGCUACUUCGGGAACGUGCUCGCCGGGAGGGUGCCCUUCAACUCGGACCGGGCGCUGCUCGACGACGGCGAGACGAGGCGGAUGGUGGAGGACAGCGCGGGGGACCAGCGGGAGUGGGCGGCAAAGUUCGCUGCCGCCAUGAGGAAGAUGAGCGAGCUCACCGGCACCGGCGAGGGCGAGAUCAGAGAGUUCUGCCACGUGACAAACAGAGGCUAGCGACGGGAACAUCAACUGGCUUUUAUUCAUUUAUUAAUUAAUAGCUUUUGUUUUCAUUUUCUUGGUGAUGUAAUUAUGGAAAAACAUUUUUUAUGAAAUGUCAUGGAGCGAGUGCUGCCAGAUUUUUUUAAAAAAAAAAAUUUGGACUGGA